GUUGAGCCAACAGCCACGCACAGCCAGAUAAAAAAGUCUUUUCACAGCCUGGCAGUGAGGUACCACCCCGAUAAGAACAAGAGCGCCCAAGCUGAAACCACUUUCAGGGAGAUUGCAGAAGGUCCAGUGUGCACUUUGACCCAGAGGAUAUCCUGUGCUUUCUCAGCAGCAGAGGACCAAAAAGCAAGCAGACAAAGGAUCUUCUGAGUUUUUAUGCUUUUUUUUAUUGAAAGAAAAGAAGAUUAAAACAUUUCGCAAGAGCAGAGAAAAGUUUAAAAACUAACUUACAGGUUUGAAAAUGAUGCAGGAAGAGGUGAAUGAGGCGACUUCUGUUCUAAGCGUCUAUGGACAUACCAUCAAAGUUACAGAAGUGCUGCAAGACGGAGACACGCUUACCUUUAUAAUUGUUUCUCAAAAGCUGUCUGGGACAGGAGAGUACCAUGUGGACCGGACCUAUGAGGACUUUGAAUGGCUGCAGCAGCAUUUGUAUGCUCAGGAGUAUGUGCCUGGGCUACAAGGAGUUAUCUUUCCUCCUCUUCCAGUAAGGCCUCAGGUGAAUGCAUCUGCCAAGGUGAUGAAACAGCUUGGUUUUCUCGGUUUAGGAGAGUGGCAGCCGUACUGCAAAGCCUUGGAAACCUUCCUCAGGCAGGUUGCUGCUCACAGCAUACUCAGGAAAAAUAAAACUGUGGAGGUCUUCCUCACAAGCACUGAUCCUCCAGGCAGACAGAAACUUAGGAGAAACAUUUUCAACCGUCUGAGUCAAGCUGUGGAAGAACUGCGGAAAGAAGGACAUAAGGAUGUUGAUGAGUUUUUUCAUACUGAACGUGAUCAUAACCUCGUUCUAACUGGACAUACCAGGAUUGCAGCAGAGAAAUUCCUUGAUGUGGUUCUAACCGAGCAAAAAAUAGCUGUGGCCUGUGGGCACUUUGCUGCAGCGUUGCACAUCUGUGUUGAAAAUGGGGAGGAUCCUGAGAAAAAGGCUUUUUCAAGGGUAUGUGUGAAAUUAUCAGAAGUCUUUGAUUCUAUAAAGAAAAAUAUGACAAGUAUCGCUGUGAACGACAUGAACACUCUUGGACUGGGUCUGGAUCUGGACUCGCGUUACCUGGAGGCAGAAAAGGAAAUGCUUUUCAGAAGAACCUGCAAACUGGUGGAGUUGGAAAAUGCCAAAAAAAAUGCGGAGAGGGCCAAACCUGUGAAGAAGAAUGCUAUGGAGGAGGUGAAGAAAGCAGCAGAGGUGGAGUUUGAGCAAAUCUGUAAAGUUGCAAAACAAGAGAUUGUCCAACUGAAUCGGGAGCGUGUGGAAAUGUUGCAGAAAAAUCUGAUUCAGUGGUGUGAACAGCAGCUUCAGACAGCCAAAGAAGGUGCUGAUGCUUACAACCAGCACCUGCAGGCCUUUAUAGCGAUGGCCUAAGUGACCUCGGGGGUGCCACGACUACCUUCAUACACAACAUGAGUUAUUACCAGCGUGUCGUUUAGUCUCUCGUACUGUUGUCUGAUGAGGUCUUGGAUGCACGUUCUGCAUUGAAUCUGAACCAUUGUUAGCUGAAGAUGGUCUACUGCCUCAACCAAACCGUACUCUGAAUCCCAGUAAUGGGGCUGUGUAAACAGACUGAAAAUUAGGACCUGUAAUCUAUAAUCUAUAAACCUUGGGUGUUAUUGACUGCUCUGAGAUUUAACACUGAUUAUCUGCUGAGUUUUGAUUGUACGUGUGCUUUAUACAAAGCUGCCGGAUUGUGCUGAGAUUGUGUUGUGCUGCUUUCUAGCUGCUACAUCAGCUGGGGUGGCGGUGGGGGUGUAACAUAAAAUAAAGUGCGAUGAGUUCUAAAGCA